AUCUAUUAGUAAAGCUCUUUCAUACACCUACUUAUUUUUGCAGUGACCUUAGUUAAGACAAGAAAAUAGAUUCGAAGAGAUAGCGAUGUCGGUAAUAAACAAGAUAAUUUUGUUGUAUGUUACAAAGUCCCCUAAUAACAUUAUAAACUUGACCGAGCUGCAAUCGAAGAUGACAAUGAAAACCCUAUUGACCACACUAUUUGUGUUGGGAGCGGCUUCUAUGGGCGAAAGCUUGCAGUGCUACGUAUGUGCGGGUACCGAAAGAAGCGACUGUGGUCAAGGAAAAUCGUUUGCGAUGGGCCUCGUCAAUUGCCAUUCGCCGAGGGUACCGUACGUCAAUUUUGGCCUACUUGAAAGUAGUCAUCUCGUGGAAAAUGUGCGUGGAUUGCGAGCGGUGUGUGUAACCGCGAUUGCGCCAGAAUUUGAACCCAAACUCGUCAAUCGGGGAUGCGGCAUAUUUUCGGAUCAGGUCGAACCUUGCGAAUAUCUGGAAAAUACCAUGGGUUUUGAAAAUUGCACUUGGUGCUCAACUGAUAAGUGUAACAACAGAAAAAAAUAUAUGGCAGUCUGAUUGUUUGUGUCAUUAAAGAUAAGUCUAAGUGAUUUAUGUGUUGUUUUCCCCACGUAUCUCGUA